UCGGAUCAGAGGGCUUCGAACCGGCUACACUUGCAAUCAAGGUGCACGCAGGCAGAUAAGUGGAGCACCUGAACUUGUCGCAAAUCGCCUGGCCUUCGGCUGGCCAAUAAAGCCGAGGGCUCUGCAAGAGCGAGUUAUUAGGAAAUGAUCAAUUAGCCGAGCGUCGUCGUCGUCGUUGUUUGGGUUCGUCGAGGCAUUUGAGAUCUGUGGCCAAAUGGAAACGCCACGCCGCAACGCAAAGUCGGAGGAGACGAGCUGUCGCCUCUGCUGGCUGCUUGCCAUAUCGCUGCUUCACUGCCUCCAUAUAGGAUCCUCUCUAGAGCUGGUGGAUUGGCCCACGGCCAUGCCGGAUUUGGGACUUGAUGACUGCCAUGAUGAGUUUACGGUGGCCUGUGCCAAUGCCUCUUUGGUGUAUUCCGCCAGCCUGGAACUCUGCGAGCUGCAUGCCAACGAGACUAUAGCGAACCUAGAGGUGGAUGUGGAGCUGGAACGAAUGCAGAUUGAGCUGGGAUCGAGUGCGGUCUGCGGGAAUUUGCGGUUCUGUGAUGUGUUUGAGGAUGAUUUGGAGUACUUGAAGUGCAUCAGCGAGAAUAGUAAUCGCAACCUGGACAUCCUGACCGAAAUAAACUAUAAUGCCACCCAUGCUUAUACAAGAAUGCGCGAGGAUUACGAUGCCUUGCAUAGAACCUUCUUGCUGUGUGGCCUGGAAGCCCAAAAGGAUUACAUGGAGGACCUCAGGGAGGCACACAGGGAACUCAGCCAGUGUCGUUUGGAAAUCGAAGAGCUAAUGGAGUAAAUAACGCUUAUCUGUUAUUGUGUAAGCAGGAAAUAUGGGGGAAUAAACACUAUUUCUACAAAGCAAGAAUUCUACGAAUUUAGAUUAGGCUCCUUUAUAGUUGUAAGAACUUUAAUUGUCUCUCAAUAAAUGUAAUCUAACUAAUUA